AAGAAGAAAGAGUUAUGUACAUUCAAGAAAUCAAGUACUUCUGUGAGGGAUACGGGAAAAAAAGCUGGUACUGGAAUACAGAAGGCAAGAACAGGGAGACUCAAAAAGCCUUUUUUAAAGGUUGAAGAUGUGAACCGGUCUUACAGGCCAUUUUACCUUCAGCUGACCAGUAUGCCUUCUAUAAACUACUCUACUCAGAAGCCUUGCAGCCCUUUUGAUGGAGAUAAGCCAUCUAACAUCCAAAAGCAAGUUCAGCCUAAACUCAGAAUUACUACGGAUGGCGAUAAAUGUGGUGGAACCCCAGUUCAACUCCAGUUGAAGGAAAAGAGAAAAAAAGGAUAUUGUGAAUGUUGCUUACAGAAAUACGAAGAUCUCGAAACUCACCUUCUGAGUGAGAAACACAGAAACUUUGCGCAGAGUAACCAGUAUCAAGUUGUUGAUGAUAUUAUAUCUAAGUUAGUUUUUGAUUUUGUGGAAUAUGAAAGAGACACACCAAAAAAGAAAAGAAUAAAAUACAGCAUCGGAUCCCUUUCUUCUGUUUCUGCAAACGUCCUGAGAAACACUGAACCAAAGGAGAAGCUACAGUUGGAGCCCAUUUUCCAGGACAUGGGAGAAAGUAAUGGGCAACUGCUCGAGCAGAAUUUUCAGUAUGAAGAAACCCAGCAACCUGAGCAAAGGCUUGUGUUUGCUUCAGAACCCAUGUCCUACUGUUCAACUGGAUUGAAAAGACUGGAUGAGAAAACAGUGAGCAAUUUCAAUGCAAGUGAACCUGACCUAAAACAGAAUUGUACACCGCUACCUCCAUGUAAAAAUGAAGAGGAAGGAAUUCUUGAUGCUUCUGAACAUAAAUUAAUUAUUAAUAGAAAUGAUUCAGUAGAAAGGGGAGGUGACUCUCUGGGUGUGCCACAGUCAUGUGUGCAAGUUUCUUAUCUCAGUUCAGAAAAUAGUACUCCCCAACCAAAAUUAACUGCAGAUACUACACAUUCUUCAGCAAAACAUCUACAGCAUGAUUCUGACCUGGUGACAUUAAAUACAUCAAAAGAACACCUAACAGUGAAGGCUAGAACUCCAUCCUGUAGUCCUCAGGAGCCUAAUGAAUGUGACACUGAGAAUAUGGAUAAUUUGCCUUGUGGUAAGAUCCAGCGGAAAGUGAGACUAUUGUUAGGGCAAAAGAAAAAAAAUGUGGACCCAAGUGCUGAACUGGAUAAGAAAAGAACUGAGUUUCUUCCUGCAUGUGAAGACAGAACUUGUGGGUCACCAGUACAAUCUCUCCUGGACCUCUUUCAGACAAGUGGAGAGAAAUCAGAAUUUUUGGGUUUUACAAGCUACACUGAAAACAGUGGAAUGUGUGAUGUUUUAGAUAUUUGGGAGGAAGAAAAUUCAAGUAGUCUGCUGUCAACAUUUUUCUCUUCCCCUUCAGCUUCUACAUUUGUUGGAUUUUAGUAUUUAAUGUGUUUUUCAGAAGUGACAGUUAUAAAAAUUCCUGAAUUUUUUUAUAAAUAUAUAUAAUUCUUAGGAAUUAUGAGUUUUUGUUUUGUUUUGGCUUUGGUUUUUUGCCAGCUUUGUUUAUGAAACCACAUGUAAAUAUUAAGAUGUUUGUAAUUUUUUUUUACAGAAUUGAGUAGCUAUUACAAAUUAUACAAUAAAAUUUGUGAUUUAUUUUAUAUAC